GUAACAUGGCGGCGGGAGCUUCCCGCGCGUCUCGAGGAGGCUGCGGGGCCCACACCCGGAAGACGAGUCUCCUUUCUGGCUAGCGCGGCGGCCGCUGCGGACCCGGAAGUCCGGGCCGGUUGCUGAAUGAAGGGAGCCGGGCCCUCCCCGCGGCAAUCCCCCCGCGCCCUCCGCCCCGACCCGGGCCCCGCCAUGUCCUUCUUCCGGCGGAAAGUGAAAAGCAAAGAGCAGGAGAAGACCCCAGAUGUCAAGUCAGUCAAAGCUUCAAUAUCCGUACAUUCCCCACAAAAAAGCACUAAAAAUCAUGCCUUGCUGGAGGCUGCGGGACCAAGUCAUGUUGCAAUCAAUGCCAUUUCUGCCAACAUGGACUCCUUUUCAAGUAGCAGGACCGCAACACUUAAGAAACAGCCCAGCCACAUGGAGGCCGCUCACUUUGGGGACCUGGGCAGAUCUUGUCUGGACUACCAGACUCAGGAGGCCAAAUCAAGUCUUUCAAAGACCCUUGAGCAAGUCUUGCAUGACACCGUGGUCCUCCCUUACUUCAUUCAGUUCAUGGAACUUCGGAGAAUGGAGCAUUUGGUUAAGUUUUGGUUGGAGGCUGAAAGUUUUCACUCCACAACUUGGUCCCGAAUAAGGGCACACAGUCUGAACACGGUGAAGCAGAGCUCAUUGGCUGAACCUGUCUCUCCAUCUAAAAAGCCCGAAACCACAGCAGCUUUUGUAACUGAGUCUCUUAACAGGAGGUUGGAGGAUUCUGGCUCAGCCCAGCUGGAAGGAAUUGACUUAAAUAAUAGAACUAGCAACUCCCAGAACCACUUGCUUUCCCAGGAGAGUGAUAGUGCCCAUUUGCUCCACCUGGAGACAGCCAGGACAGGAACUCAUCGGGGCUCCCUGGAAACCCAGGAGUCCUCCAGGCUCACGGUAGCCAGUAGAAGUAGUCCAUCUUCUCCACUGAAGGAAUUAUCAGGAAAAUUAAUGAAAAGUAUAGAGCAAGAUGCAGUGAAUACUUUUACCAAAUACAUAUCUCCAGAUGCUGCUAAACCGAUACCAAUUACAGAAGCAAUGAGAAAUGACAUCAUAGCAAAGAUUUGUGGAGAAGACGGGCAGGUGGAUCCCAACUGUUUCGUUUCUGCACAGUCCAUAGUCUUCAGUGCAAUGGAGCACGAGCACUUUAGUGAGUUUCUACGAAGUCACCAUUUCUGUAAAUACCAGAUUGAAGUGCUGACCAGUGGAACUGUUUACCUGGCUGACAUUCUCUUCUGUGAGUCAGCCCUCUUUUAUUUCUCAGAGUACAUGGAGAAAGAGGAUGCAGUGAAUAUCCUACAGUUCUGGUUGGCAGCAGACAACUUCCAGUCUCAGCUCGCUGCCAAAAAAGGGCAGUACGACGGACAGGAGGCGCAAAAUGACGCCAUGAUCUUAUAUGACAAGUACUUCUCCCUCCAGGCCACACACCCUCUUGGAUUUGACGAUGUUGUGCGACUGGAAAUUGAAUCCAACAUCUGCCGGGAAGGUGGGCCACUCCCUAACUGUUUCACAACUCCAUUACGUCAGGCCUGGACAACCAUGGAGAAGGUCUUUUUGCCUGGCUUUUUGUCCAGCAAUCUGUAUUAUAAAUACUUGAACGAUCUCAUCCACUCAGUUCGAGGAGACGAGUUCCUGGCGGGGAGUGUCUCGCUGACGGCUCCAGGCUCUAUGGGUCCUCCUGACGACUCCCACCCUGGGGCUGCCGACAGCUCCACCUCUCAGUCCAGUGUGAAAAAAGCCAGUGUUAAGAUUCUGAAAAAUUUUGAUGAAGCGAUAAUUGUGGACGCUGCAAGUCUGGAUCCAGAAUCUUUGUAUCAGCGGACAUAUGCAGGGAAGAUGACAUUUGGAAGAGUUAGUGACUUGGGUCAGUUCAUCCGAGAAUCUGAGCCUGAACCUGACGUAAAGAAAUCAAAAGGAUCCAUGUUCUCUCAAGCUAUGAAGAAAUGGGUGCAAGGAAAUACUGAUGAGGCCCAGGAGGAGCUAGCUUGGAAGAUUGCUAAGAUGAUAGUCAGUGAUGUGAUGCAGCAGGCCCAGUGUGAUCAGCCGUUAGAGAAGUCCACAAAGAUAUGACUCAGACCUGAGAUCAAGGAAAUCUGCUUUUGGAAAAUAAGAAAACUUUUUUCCUUUGGUUGGAUUCCUCACCACAGCCAAUGAAAACAGCACUGUAUUUCUUCUCACUGUCGUUCCCAGGAAAGAAGGGUAGACAAUCCCAGACUUCCACCAUGGAGAGCGGCUCGUAGAUGCCCUGCUACCCAGAUGAUCGCACAGUGACAGUCAGAGAGACCAAAGGGCACUGUUUACACUACUAGAGAUUAAUCGUUUUCCAAUGGCAAUAACCCAUCCACAGAGGAAUUUAGCCCACAGGGAUCUGCAGGGCCAGGUGCCAUGGGAGGCGGGUGGGCAUGGAGCUGGUGUUUGAUGCACCGCUGUGGCGGUCUCCCACCCCAGCAGCAUCAUGAGGCAGGUGCCUGGGGUGCUUUGCUCCAUCUCCUACACAAACAGGUGAGUCGGCCUGGCCCCAGCCAGGCAGCACAGUGCCGGCAGAUGGCUUUCCUUCCCGGGAAUAGGGCCUGCACAGAGCUGUUCAUCUGGAAGGAAGCUGAGAGGUCAUGGGUCAAGUUGUGGUGAACAUUGUCCUUCCCUUUGGUGGCAGUUUGCCGUUUUCACAUUUUAAUUGCUCCUGGGAUGCAAUACACGUAAAUCAGCUCCUCUGCUGGAGGGGCCACCCUCUGCACUGUGAGCAUCAGGCCCUGCUCCUCCAACUUCUGUGCUCUGGAGACGUCCCUCCCCUCACAGCACACAAGGAAAGGAAUUUGCAACAACCGUCACUCCAGUUUUCCCCUGUGGUUCCUUGAACAAAUGUUUGUUCCCAGUUGUACACUUUUUUAAAGCAAGUGGCGGGCAGGGGUGUGGGCAGGCAAGGGUGGGGGAGAAAGGCCCUCAUCUCUGACCCCCGCCGCCCAUCUUUGCUGCGCUGGCAGUGUUCAGCUCAUGGCCUUUCUCCUUCGUCCAUGGUCAUGAGAGGCCCCUCGCUGCAGUUCCACUCCAUUGGCCUCGGUCUGGGCCACACUGCCCUCGGUGGAGCCACCCUGGUGGUAAGCACACUCCAUGGCGGGCGCUGCCAGCACGGCCUCGCCACCCAGACUGUUGGGGGAAGAACAUUCUCUUAGGUGUUACUGCUUUUGCUCAGACUUUGCAAAAAAAAAACAAAACAUAUAUAUAUA